CAGAUAGUAAUUAAAAUAGUUACACUACCAUUACAUUUUAAACAGGGUAACUUAACUGUAACACAUUAUAUUUCUAAAGUAACCUUCCCAACACCGCGAUAGGCUAUGCAUAGGCCUAUCUGUUUAUUAUUAAUUUGUUAUUAUUUUCUUUUUUAUUUUACAUAGUCAUGAAUACAUCUAUCUGAAUCAGACUCUCAAACACAUUGUGGAGCAAGGAACUUUUAUUUUGAAGGGAAAAUUGUUCUGAAUGACCUAUGAUCUUACUCAACUGCAGCCUAACUGCAGCCAGACCCUCGUGGGCGGAAUACACAUUUGUGUGAUUCUAUUUAUUUUUUUCGUAACAAAGUAGGCCUAAUGAUAACGUACUGUCAAAGAGAUUUAAGUCGGGGGUUGUACAGAGCUUUUAACGUUUUACACCUGAAACAUCUUAUUAGAGUAUCUGUUAGGAUGUCUACUUCUGAUACUGCAGUAGGACUACAUGUUAUACCAGCGCGUUGUUAUUUUGAUGAGACAGUACAGGUAAUUGUGCGCGGACUCCUUCCUAAACAAUCAGUGAAGUUGGUGGCUGAAGCUAAAGAUGACAAAGGCAUGAUCUUCCAGUCGUCUGCAGUCCACAAAGCUAGCGAACAUGGAGAAGUGGAUUUUAAUCGCUCUCCCUCUCUGGGUGGAACAUAUAUUGGAGCUGAGCCUAUGGGACUUUUCUGGUCGUUACGACCAUUGACCCCUCACAAUAAAUUCACAUGGUGGGAUGCAUCAAAGCCCUUGUUAGUGGAUGUUAAGGUGGUCUGUCAUGAAAAUCCUGGGCAUGUCCUUGCCAAGGAGACGCACCAACGGCACUUCAUGAAGGAAGGUAUCCAACGGGUUGUCGUGACAGACGGUAAAAUACGGGGAACCCUCUUUAUUCCACCAGGGCCAGGACCCUUCCCUGGUGUUGUGGACCUUUACACUCUAGGCGGUGGCCCGUCAGAACCGAGAGCCAGUUUGCUGGCCAAUAAAGGGUUUGUGGUGCUCGCUCUGGCUUUCUACCGGUACAAGGAUUUGCCUAAAACAGUUGACCAACUAGAUCUCGAGUAUUUUGAGGAGGGAAUACGUUUCUUGCAGAAACAACCUAAAGUGAAAGGCUCUGGAGUUGGCGUUAUUUCAAUCUCCAAGAGUGGAGAUCUAGCUCUCUCAAUGGCAUCAUUCCUGACAGGUAUCAAAGCAGCUGUCACCAUAAAUGGUUGCUGUGCCAACACCCUCUUUCCCCUCAAAUACAAAGAUAUCGUCAUCCCUGCUCUUAUGGCUGACAUAAAGAAAGUAAGCCUGACAGAGCAAGGACUUUUGGAUACCAGCAAGGCCAUGGCCGAUCCAACAGCCAAUGAGAACCUGGCCUCUGUGAUUCCCGUUGAGCGUGCCCAUGACUGCAAUUUCAUGUUUGUAGCAUCUGAAGACGACAUGAACUGGGACAGUGUGGCUUACGCGGAACUAGCUGCCCAGCGACUGAGAGACAGUGGGAAGGAGAACUUUGAGAUAGUGAGGUACCCCAAGGCAGGGCACUUUGUGGAUGUUCCCUUCAUGCCCUUCUAUCCCUCUGGCAUCCAUGCGGCAGUGGGUAAAGUGGUGGCAUUUGGAGGAGAGGCUAAAACUAACGCACACGCUCAGGUAGAUUUAUGGGGGAGAGUUCAGGAGUUUUUCCGGAAGCAUUUAGACACAGACUACGCUCAGCAAAAAGCAAAGUUAUAAUACAUUAAAAGGCACACUUUAUUCUCUCAUAAUAAACUCAUCACCUUUGAGUCUAUUACCAUGCUGCAGUGAGUAUGUGAGUAUUAUGUUAUUAGGGAGCUAAUGUGGGUCAUUGUUGUGCCCUUGAAUUUCCCCUUGGGGAUCAAUAAAGUAUCUAUCUAUCUAUCAAGUGCAUGAAACCACAUACAGUGCGACACCAUAUUAUAAUGCGAGACAAGAUUUUUCUUACAUCAUAUGAAUAAAUUACUUUUUCUGUCAA